UAGCGCCCGCCCCCCUACCGGGGCCUGACGCCACUGGGAUGGCCCCGCCCCUAGGGUGACGGCACAAUCACCGGCGUCUUCCGGUCCGCUGCGUUGUGACGUCUCACUGUCCGUGGCCACGCCCUCCGUUUUCUUCCCCGGUUCUUCGCUUCGAUGAAGCAGAGACUAGAGCUCAGGACGGCCCUCGACGGAGCAGGUGUAGUGGGACCAGGUGGGUUGGAUGGCAGGUGAGGGGCGGAGCCACGCCUCAGGGGCGGGGCCAGGUGAGGGAUGGGGCCGGCGAUUGGAGACCGACAGCCCGGUACCCCCAACGCUCAGCCUCCUGGAAUAGGCCCCCCCCAACCGGACUCCCUAGAACACACCCUCGUUUCAGCCUGUCCCACGGGCCGGCCUGGACGGCUCCAACGCCUCCUUCAGAGCGGGGAGUUCGACCAGCUGCGGGACUUCACCAUCUUUGAGAGCAAUUUCGUGCAGGUGACCCGGUUAGGAGAAGUUGCCAACAAGGUAACCAUGGGGGUGGCAGCCUCCAGUCCAGCCCUGCAACUCCCAGACCUGCUGCUGCUGGCGGGCCCCGCCAAGGAGACCGGACGCCUGCAACUCUUUGGGAUGAUCCCCUUGCAGUUCGUCCAGCUCUUCGUCCACGACAAAAGCCGCAGGCAGCUCAAGGUCAAGUUUCAAACCGGCCGCACCUUCUACCUGCAGCUGCGGAGUCCGCCCAGGACCUGCGACUGCGAGUUCGGCCAGUGGGUGCGGCUGCUCUACUGCCUGCGCUUCCACUCGGCCCCCAGUAGCCCGGAGGAGGAUGGGGACGAGGAGGAGGAUGGAGAGGAAGAUGAAGAGGAGGAGGAGUAUCUGAGCGAAAGGGAGGAGGGGAGGGAUGGGGCUUCGAGGAGGGCGGAGGGUGGGGUGGAAAAUGGGCUAGACUCCUGGGUCCGAGGGAGGAGGGGCUGGGGGUCUGGACUCCUGGGUCUGAGGGAGGAGGGGUUUGGGGGCCCGGAUGCCUGGGUCUGACCGUGGCAGUGACAGGGCUGGACUCCGAGUCCUGAGAGGGUGUGACGUCCGUGAUGAAGGACAGCAGGGACUCAGCCGGGCGGGGGUCAUGGCCGUGGGGGGCCAGCUAAGGUGGCUGCAGUCCCCUAACUGGGCGUCUCCCCUUCCAGCCUCUCUCCGUAGGGGCAAAUGGCGAGGGAAUGCCCGGACCUGAAGGGUGCGGCCAGCCAGGCCCGACGCCCAGGCCCCCGUGGGCCUGGGGAGGGGAGGGCGCCCCUCCUUGAAGGUGGGGCCACUGGAGCCCGUGGGGCCCCUUCCUCUGGAGACCCUGCUCCCCGCCUCCCCAGUAAGUAUAGGGUCCCCUCCCGCCCCCCCAAAUGCAGCUACAUCUGCAGCCGCGGCCAGACAGACUCUGUCCGCAGCUGCGAGCCCCGGGAGCCAGGCUGAACCCACAGGCCUCCUACCGCGGGGACCCCGAGUCCCCCACACGCUGUGGCGUCCCCAGAGGACCAGAGAUCGAACUUCCCCACUUGGGGCCGGACAAAUGGAUGAUUAAAAUGAAUAAGGAUCGGCCACUUCAGAACCAACAACCCGUUGGUCAGGAGCAGUCUGGCCAUCGUCCCCGACUCCACAUGCUCAGCGUGGUCUCCCGCGCAUCCUUGCACCGUGUCCGGCUCCUUGGGGGCCGUCCCCCGGAGACCUAGCGCCCCAUUUCCCCCGCGGCCCCACCACCAGGGAGCCUUCCGGGCCUGGCCUUGGGCUCCUCCCCGACUUUUCCCGCAGCAGCGGCCCGCCCGGUCCCCACCGAUGGGAGCCCGUCUAAGAGGGCGUCCUGGCUCCGCCCCUGACGCUCCGUGGUUGCCAUAGCAACGUGGUUGCCCCACUAAAGUGGUUAUUCCUGGAAGGCGGCCUCCGAGUGGUCUGUUUCAUUAAGGGGUUGUCUUAGGGUCGUGGCCACUGCGGCCUG